AUGUAUCACGAGGACAUCCAGCCAUAUCUAUAUCGAGCUCCCGAGGUAGUACUUCGGAUGAAAUUGAAUACCAAAGUGGAUCUCUGGAGUGUUGGAGUCUUGAAGUGGGAUCUUUUCGAAAACAAGCACCUAUUCAGCGCUCAAGAUGAGAACGGAAACGAUUCACACUUGCAUCACUUGGCUGAAAUGAUCGCCCUUCUUGGCCCGCCGCCAGAGGACUUUUUACAACGGAGCGAAUUCACGAAGGAGUUUUUCGGUGAUCUGGAAAAGAAAACCAGACAACUUACUGACAAAAGACACCGGGUGGUCAGCGACAUCGGCGGCAACAUGAACCCACAGGAUCUAAUGAGCAAGGGGUGGAGCACCGCACAGGGCUCAACUCCAGAGCCCUACAACUAUAAACCACUAGAAGAAGAACACCAGGAGUUCCGACUGUUGAAGCUUGUGCCAUCUCGAGACCCCAGAGAGCCUCUCAGAGCAACCAUCGUGACGGUCCGCCCUGACUGGCGAGCAUUGGCCGCUGAUCCCGAGCAUCAAGGUCCUCGGUGGACGGCAUUGUCGUAUGUAUGGACGGAUCCGGACGAGCCUACGGUCAUCCUCGAUGGACAGGAGCUCAGGGACACGCAGCGGACGGAGGAAAUCCUCGUCGGAAAUGCCGCCAUCAAGAUCACGUCGAAUCUGUUCCAUGCCCUGAUGUUGAUCCGCGGCUACGAAGAGUUUUGCACCAUCUGGGCCGACCAGGUCUGUAUUGAUCAGUCCAAUUUGGUCGAGAGGGCGAGCCAGAUCCAGCUUAUGCACAUGAUAUUUUCCCUGGCGCAAAACGUGCUGGUGUGGCUGGGCAAAGCACUCAGAGCCUCGAAGACGCAGAUGUUUGCACAAAUGUUCGCGUGGCUUCACAGUCCCCAGCGCACCGGCCGGAUCGAAGAUGCACCCUCGUUCGCGCAAUUCACGGCCAGGCUGAUGGGGGGAGAGCCGGGCUCGUAUCCGCCUCCGGACGAGGACCACCACCUUUUCACCAAGCAAAUAGCCAAAGAUAUCUUGGAAGAUCCGUGGUUCAGCAGAUCCUGGGUGAUCCAGGAGGCGGUACACGCCAAAAACCUGCUCGUCUAUCUAGGGCCGGUGGUCCUUCCAUGGGAAAUGUUUGAGGAAGCCAUCUUCGGGUUGUCAUACUGGAGCAUCCCGUGGAGUACGGCAGAGGAUUCGGACUUGGCCACGUUUCAUCGCGGCGGACUUCAGAUGAUCAAGAAAACCCGCGAGUGGCAGGAAAGUCGAUACAAGGACGAGACGCUUCUCCCGUCGGCUCCCUUGUCCACUUUACUUCAGGGGCUCCGUGGCAGUCGAAGCACAGAUGCUCGCGAUAAAGUCUACGCCUUCUGGCACAUGUCUGACCAGGAAUUUCGAACCGAAAAGGGUUGGAUACGUCCAUUGCCGAUCUCCUAUGAGAAAGGUACACGGGAGGUCUACGGACGGACUGUGAUGUACUGCGUCGAUACCGAGCUGAACCUGGACGUGCUCUCCUGCGCUUGCAAGCACGAGGCAUCUCGGCAGAAUUCCGAGUUUCCCUCGUGGAUGCACGACUGGCAAGUCCAUCCUGACCAACUCGGGUGUGCGACUGAUGUGCAUAAUAUCCUCCCACAGCGCGGAUGUGACGCGUACGCCGUCAACAGCGAGAGCCAGAGUGGCAAGAUCCCAUUCGAUGCAUGCGCAGGUCGUCUAUCCGAUUACGGAAGACCGCCCAAUGAACCCAAAUUCGCCUACAGUGAGGAAUUUGACUACAUUGGAUUGAGGGGAAUCGCCUUUGACGAGAUCCUGGCGGUGUCUUCAGUGGGACACUCACUCACGGAUGUGAGUGCCGAGCAGCAGGAAAUGGACUGGGAUUCCUGGCGGAGCUUCGCCAUGGAAGAAAUGCAGGGCGAUCUGUACUCCAAUACCGAAACCCGUCUCGAAGGCCUUUGCCACGCCCUAACAUUCGGCAACGUCAAGAUUCCUGGACCCCCUAGCAAAGACCUGGUGCGAGAGUUCGAACUGUGGUGGUCCGCUGGGCGGCCUCUCCAAUCUUCAGACUCUGCUCAUUCCGCCGAUUGGAGCCAAAGGCUACAGACAUACAGGGAGUUUAUGGACAGCCCAUUUCCUCACGGCCUCUACGUCAAAAACAGGAGACUGUUCCGCACCGCCCGAGGCUACAUCGGGUCGGCAUGCGAACAUGUCGCACCAGGAGACACGGUGUGGAUUUUGUGGGGUGGCGCAUUGCCCUUUCUCUUGCGCAAAGACGAACAGAGGACUGGCUUAUACAGUGUCGUCGGAGGGGCCGUUUACAUUCAUGGAAUCAUGUUCGGGGAGGCCGUGGCAAAGGCUGAAGAGGAGGGGAGGGAGCAGGAAUGGGCUCGCCAACUCGUCCUGCUCUGUCAACAAAAAGUGUUUCAGGUUCGAUAUCUACUCCAAAUGCUGGCACUGGCGUUGACGGCAGAUCUGGAAGGUGUGACCGACCUCGUCCCCUCUGAUACAGCCGAAUCGCCUUACUACUACACUUUCAAAGUCCAAUGUACGUCGUGUCGUGAGAUCCAUGCGAACUGGGUCGGGGUCAGCCGUCAUGAGAUGAACGAACAAUCCGGGAGUCGGGGAGAAGCAAACUUUGUCUGGAAAUGCAAGAACUGCAAGAGAGAAUCAAGCGCCACGAUCAAAGCAGCUCCCGCAAAAUACGAGCAAAAUUCUCCGGCCAAACCAAAGAAUAUCAUAGACAUUGAUUGUCGAGGUCUGGAAUUCACCGACUUCAAGCCAGAUGGGGAGUGGGAGGCUACUGGCAUCGAGUCCGGGACCAAGUUUACGGGCAUUGACCUGUCGGAGGGGGAGUGGUUUGACUAUGACGAGAAGGCCGGCGAGGAAGUCAGCAUCAAAGACAUCAAGUGGCAGAUACGGCGAGCUUGA